AGCCACCGUUGCUAUUUCCGGAAUGCUACCCGGUCUCCUAGUUACCGUUGUUGACAAGCUUGGUGCUGAGGUAAAAGAUGAAGAAAAGGUUUAAAUACCAGCGAUCUAUUGGCACAACGGCUGAACACUGUUGUGUGCCAAUGUGUCAGGCCUCUGCUAAGUACAACAAUGUACUUAGUUUUCAUACUUUCCCCACGGAUGAAGAAUUAAGACGCAAGUGGGUUGUCGCCAUUCGUAGGGACGACUUCAUGAUAACGCCUCACAUCCGGGUGUGUAGCCGGCAUUUUAAAAAAGAAGAUGUUUGUGAGCCAGCAUCGGAGAAAGGACGACGACUGUUGAAAAAGGGAGCUAUCCCAGCUUUAUUUGAAUGGAAUAACUUCUCCCUCCCACCUGUAAGAACAAGUGUUUGGGAGAGGAGAGAUAGACCGCUGCCGCUGGAGGAUCACGCCCCGGACCAAGAUGAAGUCAUGGAGGAAGAUUCUGGUCCUGAUCCUGCCUCUGCAAUCGCCGCCGAAAAUACAGCUCUACGAGAGGAGGUUCGUCUGCUGAGGGAACAAGUUGAAAGCCUUACGAUGAAGCAGAGGUUUGGGAUUCAUCGCUUUGCUGCCUCAGACAAGGACAUCCGGUUCUUCACAAGGUAAGAUGAGUAGUCUGUUUCGAAAAAGAUGCAUGGGUAGUAUCAAAGAAAUUCUUUUCUCAGAGUAUUAAGGUAAGA